AUGAUGUCACAGGUCGAUAAGUUGAAGGCCGGCGUGAGGGAGCGGCUGGUGGCGGCGAGCCGAGGCGACCACCAAGCUGCGAAGCUCGGGCUUGUCGACACGGUGCAACGGCUCGGCAUUGCCUACCAUUUCGAGGAGGAAAUUGCCGGUAUCCUCAGCUCCGUCCACCACAAGCCUCACCGGUGCAACUGGGACUGCGACGCCAGUGAUGUUGCUUCUGCGGCCUUGAGGUUCAGGUUGCUCAGGGAGAGUGGUUUCCCAGUCCUCUUCCCUCCAGCGAUAUAUAUAGAAUCUCUGGAAACUCUCAAGCGUGGAUCCGACAAUGUCCAUGGAAUCCUCUCACUCUACGAGGCUUCAUACCUUGCGUUCGGAGGCGAGGAAACACUGGAUGAGGCAAGAACAUUUUCCAAGAAAGCUCUCAUAAUGCUCUUGCCAUCCAUGGAUUACCACUUACGGCGCGGUGUAGUUCGUUCUUUGGACCUUCCGUUGCACCGGAGGUCUCCUAGACUAGAGGCAAGAUGGUUCAUAGAUCACUAUGCUAGAGAUGAGAGCAAUUCCGACCCAUUGCUCGUUAGAUUUGCAGCAACGGACUUCAACAAUGUGCAAAGUAUGCAUCAGGAAGAACUCGCAAGACUAGCAAGGUGGUGGAAGGGGACCGCCCUUAGUGAAAAAUUAGGGUUCGCCAGGGAUCGUCUCAUGGAGUGCUUCCAUUACGCAAAUGGAAUUGUGUGGGAGCCAAACAAUGGAGCAUGUCGAGAAGUGCUUGCUAAAGUCGCCAAUCUAAUAGUUCACUUAGAUGAUGUUUAUGAUGUGUAUGGAACUCUAGAUGAACUUGUUCUCUUCACCGACGCCAUUGGAAGAUGGGAAGAAAGUCCUAAUGAAAGACUCCCCGAAUACAUGCAAGCACUCUAUUCCGUGAUGUACAACACAUCCGCUGAG